AUGGACGAAUUCGAGAGUUUAAUUCAGAGUUUCUCAGGUGCCCUCAAGUCGAAAUGGAAAGAGGUUACCGACGGCCCUCCGAUCACCGACCAGAUUCAGGCCUUCAUCCACGCCGUUGAUUGGACGGUGACUGCACGUGGUUUGAACGUGGCCAGCCAUGCUGGUGUAUCUAGCGGAGCACAUAAACGCAUAUGCUGCCUUGUUUUCCCCACCCACCCCUCUUAUCCACUCGUGCUUCCCCUUUCCUUGCCUUCCUCCCCCCCUUCUCUCCCCCCUUCUGCAGUUUCUCAGCUAUACGGGCCCAUUCUAGUGUAUCUAGCGGAGCACAUAAAUGCGUAUGCGGCGCAUCACUGGAAGCUGUUUUCCCGCCAAAACUACUUUGACCAAUACGGGCUCUUCGUCUCAGUGCUCUUCUCAGGGCCUAUACUCGUCAUCGCGAUUGUCAUUCUGGUGCAACUAAUGAUCAGUACGGUUGAACUGAUGGUGAAGUGGAAGAAGGCAGAGCUCAAGCACAGGGCGAGAAAGGCAGCACAGCAGGAGAGGAGAAAAAAAGAGUAG